CAUAACUACAUAGUGUACUUUUAAAAUAAACUUGCCUUAAUGAUUAAUACACUUUUCAUACAUGGGCUGUACACUGCUGUUUUGGAUAUAAUUUAAUUAUUAUUUUUUAAAUGUUUUAAAUUUUGUCCCAUAAUUUACCCUGUAAACUCGGUUGGACAUUAGAGCAACGAAGCUUCCACCUUGCAGACAGGUGGGACAAAGGGAAACUCCAUUAAGCAGUGCUGCCCUGCAGAGUUUGUGGAGCCCUCACAUUCACCUGAGAGGACCCGCUCAGCCUCUCCGGCUCCUGGUUCCUUCACCGUCACACAGACCUGAAGGGGCCAACAUGUGCGCGGCGCUCAGCAUUUCCCGCAUCCUUCGCCCGCCCUGGAAAAAGAAAGAAAGAAAGAAAGAAAGAAAUGAGUGAGUGCGCUCUGGAUGCGGUCUCCGCUGUUGAGCUGUCACUCUCCGGUGACCAGAUGACUGUGGAGGCUGGUUUUGUUGUUGCUCUGACGUCAGUGCGAGCUACAAUGAAGCUGGCAACAUGGAUAUAAAAGCCGGUUUGAAGGCUGGCGCUCCCGGUGCUCCAAGCUCCUUCUUCUUCUGCUGCUUCUUCUUCUACUUCGUCGUCGUUGUCGUCGUUGUCUUCUUCUUCUCCUUCUCCUCCACACCGGGUUGACUUCAGGCUCGCCGCGCUGAGGGAGGGCUGAGGGGAUCAAAGAUGCACUCUCUGAGCUUCACACCCAUCGCGCUGCUCCAGCUGACUUCCCUCGCUGUGCUGCAUGGUGCCAAGUGGACAUACAAUGGGCCAGAAGGAGAGCACAGCUGGGCCAAGCAUUAUCCAUACUGUGGUGGAGCUUUCCAGUCUCCUAUAAACAUCAAGUCAGAGCUGCUGAGGUUCGACCCAACACUGCGCCCCGUCGAGGUCCAAAACUACAACCUGUCGCCCAACGAGCAGCUCACUCUUGGAAAUAAUGGACAUUCUGUACAAAUAUCGCUGCCCUCUAAGAUGUACAUCUCCGGCCUGCCUCACCGCUACACUGCCGCUCAGCUACAUUUUCACUGGGGCUCCUCUGGCAGACCAGCAGGCUCCGAGCACAUGGUCAACGGCAGGCAGUAUGCAGCGGAGAUGCAUGUAGUGCACUACAACUCGGACAAGUAUCCCAACAUGUCCACGGCUGUGGACAAGUCUGACGGCCUGGCCGUGCUGGGAGUCCUGAUUGAGGUUGGAGAGUUCAAUCCAGCCUUUGAACAGUUUCUGAAGUUCAUCAACGGCAUCAAAUACAGAGAUCAGCGAGUGCAGGUUCCCGGUUUCAACAUCAGAGCACUGCUGCCUGCACGUUUGGAUGAGUAUUAUCGCUACGACGGCUCACUGACGACUCCUCCGUGCUAUCCCAGUGUCCUGUGGACAGUGUUCAGGGAUCAUGUCACAAUAUCUCGCAAACAGUUUGUGAGCUUGGCAACGGCCCUCUACUCCUCCCAUGCCCAGGACUCGGCCCCGGUGCCUCUGAAUGGCAACUACAGGAAACCGCAGCUCGCCGACAGCCGAGUUGUGCUGGUAUCUUUUAAGGAGGGCAGAGGACUGCACGGCAUUCUCACAGUCACAUCUCCCCUCACGAGGAAGCGAAUCGUCGAGCAGCUGCUGGUCGGUGACCUAGCAGACCUGGCCGAUGAAGGGCUCUAUCAGCUCCUACCAAGUGGCACAGAGAAGAUCCAUGCUGGCAAGAACAAGUACCACAAGAACCAGCAGACCGAGACUCUUGCCAAAUCCAAACAACAAAUGCUGUUGAAGAAGAGCCAGACCAACCGCUCCGUGGGAAAGUUAGGGCUGGCUGAAGACGCGCUGUGCUACGUCGCAAUGGAGCACAAAGUUUUCCAACAUCUUAAACAGUCUCACCGGGAGACGCAGCUGGUUCAGGCUCUCAGAGAUGCAGUUUUCCCUGAGCUCAACCUCAAGAGCUACCUGGACUGUAGGUCAGACUUAGCCCUCCCCGCCAUCAGACACAUUCUCCGUGGAAGGCCACCAACAGAUGAGGCGCUGGAGUUAGAUCGCUCUCUGACAAGAGCUUUGAAGAAUCAGAAGAAGACUUCCACAACAAUCAAGCAAAGUGUGCCAGUGACAAACUACGGCGGUCUCUCCCCUGCUACUGUUCCCAGGAAACCGCACAGCCAGGGCUAUCCACAUCCUUGGCUUUUGCCAAUGGAGUGGGAAGACUAGAGAGAUUCCUGACAUAGUUGAGACUAACAUUAUGUCACUUUCGGUUGCAGAAUGAAAGACUAAUUUACAAGCCAUGCCCUGAACUCCUUUGACCACUCUUUCUCACAAAUGUAUUUAAUGAUAAAUUAUUCUUUUCAAGUAUGUGCACAUAAUAUUAAUACGGUUUCUAUCUAGAUAGAAGACUGUAGUAUGAGGUAAUUUACUGUAUUUAUUGUUGUUGUUGUUGCAAACAAUGCAGAAAUACGCCUAUGUAUAACCACUCAGCACCAGUGACUGCGCUCAGUACUGUAAGAAGAUCUCAAUAUGUACAUAUUUGUCAUGAAAAUCUGCAAAAUUGAGAAACAUCUCCUUCGCUGUAGGUUUGUCUGCAUCAUUUUUGCCUUAACCCACAUAAUGCUUCACUUCGAAAGCACAUAUUUCAUGCUUUGAAAUCUAUAUCCAUCAAGCUAUAUGUAGUAGUGUCUGGAAAAAAAUAUAUUUAUAGUGUCUUAAUGUAUGCCAAGUUCAGUUGUAUACUAUGGUAAUUGUAGAGGUAUACUAGUAAUUUGUGCACAAUAUAGAAAUGCAAGAAACCAAAGGCAUUUCCAGGAGAUUAUGUGCUCUACGUCACAUGCCUGUCUUGUCUUACAAUUUGUUCUUCUUUACAAUAAGU